CCCCCCCCCCUUCCUCUAUUCACCAUCUGUCGUGUGCGCAAGAAACCUCCACCACGGGCACGGGGUUCCGGCGGGCUACGAGGCUGGCCCAUGUGCUCAUUGCUUUGUGCUUGUUUGUCGUCGUUGUUGAGGAGGGGGACCCUCUCUGCUGUUGGUCGUCGUCGCGCGCGCGCGUGCGAGCUUGACGCCCGAUUUUGCGCCUCCGUCCUGCUGGGGAGGGAGGGGGGUCCCGUCAGUCAGUGUUGUUGGGUUGAUCCGAGGAGGAGACGCCCGUGAGCCUCCAAAGAACAUUUUCUUCUCUCGCUCUCUCUUUCUCUUUAUCCUCGUCGGUCCCCUACUACUCGCUGCCCGCUUUGUCGACCCCCGGUCGAAAAGCAUUCGUUGAGUCGUGACGCAUCCUCCGAGACCAUCGUCACCAGCAGCAAGCCACGCCGACAGCCCGCCCCCCCCCCCCCCCCCCCCCCCCCCCCCCCCCCCCCCCCCCCCCCCCCCCCUUUCCUUUUCCCUUCCCCCCCUCCCCCGACCAGAGAGACCAGAGCACAAGGCCUAGGUGGUAGAGAUGGAGGAGGAGCCCCACGAUAGUGACACCGGCCAGCCGCCGCCGCCGCCCCAACUGUCACAGCACCGGUAUGAGCAACAGCCGCAACAACAGCCGCAAUCGCAACAGAAGCCGCGACCACAACAACAACAACAACCACAACAACCACAACAACAGUAUUACCAUCAUUAUCAACAACAACUACAACAACAACAACAACAACAACAACAACAACAACAACGACAGCAGCAUGCGCGCGACUCGAGCCCCACGCCCACGCUUGCCACCAUCGAGGCCCCAACCAUCGAGGUGGCCAGCCAACCCGGCGAGGAGGACGAAUUCGACCUCACCGACGAUCCCUUCAACGAUGGCUCCACGAGCGUCACCUCGAGCGUCUACGCUUGCACCUAUGAGCGCGGGCGCCGCUACCAAUGCUUCAAAAACGGCCGCUACCCCAUCCCCAACGACGACCAGGAGCAGGACCGCGAGGACAUGAAGCACGCCAUGCUCAUGGAGCUGACGGACGGCACGCUCUUCUUCUCUCCCAUAGGGGACAACCCACAGUCGAUUCUGGAUAUUGGCACGGGGACGGGCAUCUGGGCGAUUGAAGUCGGAGACCAGUACCCCAGCGCAAAAGUCUGCGGCAUCGACCUGACCCCGAUACAGCCGCUAUGGGUGCCCCCCAACGUCGAGUUCCUCGUCGACGACUGCGAGCAGGACUGGCUGGUGCGGAACGUCGACCUCGUCCACUUUCGCUUCAUGGCCGUGAUCCUCAAGGACAUAAGCAUCGUCAUGGAGCAUGCGUACGAGUCCCUAAGACCCGGCGGCUGGAUCGAGUUCCAGGAGCUCAUGGGCGUGCCCGGCUGCGACGACGACACGAUGCCCGAAGACGACCCCUUCGUGCGCCUCUACGCCACGGCCGGAAAGGCGUGGGCCAAGCUCGGGCUAAGCACCACCAUCGCGGCCGACCUCGAGGGGUACCUGCGCGACGCGGGCUUCACCAACGUGCACUGCAAGGUGCUCAAGGUGCCCAUCGGCGUCUGGGCCAAGGACAAGACCAUGCGCCUCAUCGGCCUCUACCAGAAGCGCGCCGUCGACGAGUUCAUAUCCACCUUUGCCGGCAGGCCCUUUGAGGCCCUCGGCCUGGACCCCACGGCCGUGCAGGUCGACAUCGCCCUGGCGCGACAGGCCAUCGACGACAUUUCCGUACACAGGUACUUUCCCUAUUAUUUCUGGUACGCACAGAAGCCGGCGACGACCGCCGACUAUGGUACAUGACCAAAAAAAAGUUUUGGAACAAAAAAGUAUAAAAAGGCAAAGAGACCAUAUGGGCAACAAUGCACAACAAGCCUGUGCACGGUGAGCGGAGCUCCGUUGAGCAGCAAGUGGAGGCUGCGAUGCGCGUAACGAGAUGAGAGCAAAGGGGGGCUUGCCCCCCCACUCGAUAUCAAAGGUAAUGCGUGACGGAUGGGCACGUCAAGGCAUAGAGUUGGCGUUGGCAGUAGGAGCGUGCAAGCCGUGGCUGGUUCCCAAGCUUGCAGUCAGGCUCGUCACAGAGAUAAAGGGGAGUCGUGUCUCUGCUUCUUUGUCUGCGAGAUUGCAGUUGCGCCAGUGACUCUCCUUUGAUCUCAAGCACUAUUUUUGGACACUCGUCACCAUGCUUCCUCAAUUACAGGGCCAACCAUGAAUGAAUGACUGCCUUCGCGUGGUGUGAAAAAUGUUUGAUGAGCAUCCCCAGGC